AAAUGGCUGCCAGUUGGAAGCAUGUGCGACUUUGUGCGAGAGAAAUUCACAAACAGAAGACUUUGUCGGCUCUUAAUACGAACACAUGGAUUGGUGCCAAAAGACUGCAUACAAGUGUCAGAUCACAGAGUUUUCUGUGUCAGUUACGAAUCAGUGGCCGACAUCAUUUGAAUAGGCCUGCCAUUGUCUGUGUUCUUCCGAUAAUCCGUGGCAAGAGUACAACAGCGGAAAAUGCUGCUCCUCUCCCGACCUCAGACUACAUCCCAGAGCCACCACCCCUUCCUGAAGCCCCACAAUUGGCUGAAACUUUGAAUGCACUUGGAGAGCCAUCCAUAGAGAGUCUGGGGCUGGGAGGAUGGAGCCCCAGUGGUGUGGUCCAGCAGGCUCUGGAACUUCUCCAUGUGGGAUUAGAUGUGCCCUGGUGGGGCGCCAUCAUGAUAGGAACCGUGUGCUUGAGGAUGCUGGUGUUCCCAUUGGUGAUCAAGUCACAGCAAAAUGCAGCACUGAUGCAUAACCAUGCCCCCGUCAUGACACGUCUGCAGGAGCGGAUGACCGACGCCCGUGCAAGUGGAGAUGCAAUAGCAAUGCAAAGGGCAACUGCUGAAUAUUUAGCCUACAUGCAAAAGAAUGGUAUCAAGAUGUUUAAAAGCCUGCUGGUCCCGUUUGCUCAGCUUCCUGUAUUUGUGUCCAUGUUUUUCGGGUUGCGAGGGAUGGCCAACCUGCCGGUAGAAAGUAUGAAACUAGGAGGGAUGUAUUGGUUCACAGAUCUCACCGUUCCAGACCCUUUCUAUGCUUUGCCAAUAUUCACAGCAGCAACGUUUUUGUUGAUUGUACAGGUUGGUGUUGAUGGUGUGCGAGCAGAUAUGAUGAGUCCGUUCAUGCGAUAUGGGAUGCGAGCCAUGCCCUUCAUCAUGCUGCCCUUCAUCUCCAACUUCCCAGCUGCCCUCCUGACGUACUGGUGCACAACUAACGUCUUCUCGCUUCUACAAGUUCUGUUUCUGAGGAUUCCAGUGGUGCGUACUAUGUUUGGUAUUGAACAGAUGAUCAAGCAUGAAGCAAAUGCAAUGCCAAAGAAGAAAGGAUUUGUUCAAGGAUUCCGAGAGGCCAUGGACAACGCCGGCCGUGCCUCGCAGUUUGAGGAGCGCCAGAGGCUGGAUGCAGUGAGGUUCAAGAAGGCCGGAGAAGGCCCCAUGGUGAAGACCUACAGCUACGACCCAACAAAGAUAAAAACCAUUAAACCUUCCCAAAUAUCUAAUGUCAACAAUACAGUCCAAGCAAAGCCCAAGUGAUGAAAGUUGGAUUAUAGAUGAACUUGUGAUAAUUGUAACCUCCUUUAUAAGUCGUGGCGAUCAUGUAGUGAAGCUGAUAUUGCUGGUAGCGUUGUCUGGUCGAAGAUUGUACAACAUGUUUCUGUUGCCUGGCCAAUGAUAAUAUCAACUAAUAGAUACAGUAUCAUGUGUCUCAACA